AUGGUGCAUUUUACUGGUGAGGAGAAGACUGCAGUCACUAAUGUGUGGAGCAAAGUAAAUGUGGAAGAGAUUGGAGGCGAAGUGCUGGGCAGGCUCCUGGUUGUCUACCCCUGGACCCAGAGGUUCUUUGACAACUUUGGCAACCUGUCCUCUUCUUCUGCCAUAAUGGGCAACCCCAAGGUCAAAGCUCAUGGCAAGAAGGUGUUGACUUCCUUUGGAGAUGCUAUUAAGAACAUGGACAACCUCAAGAGUGCCUUUGCUAAGCUGAGUGAGCUGCAUUGCGACAAACUGCAUGUGGAUCCUGAGAAUUUCAGGCUCCUGGGCAAUGUGAUGGUGAUUAUUCUGGCUUCUCAUUUUGGCAAGGAAUUUACCCCUGAUGUGCAGGCUGCUUGGCAGAAACUGGUGGCUGGUGUUGCCAAUGCCAUGGCCCACAAGUACCACUGA